UUGGGACUCCGGGAAGUCUCUUCCCUUCUUCUGCAGGAAACUUUCAGCUGCUUCUCUAAAUGCUAAAGAAACUGAGAGCAGUUGGUCAAGACGAGUCGCAGGUUGCCCUGAGCCGAGGGUGAGCGCCAGGUUGAUGCCAGCGCAGGGUGGUGGGCACUGGGGGGUCCUCUGCCCACUCCAGGUGCAGAGUCGCCCCACGGCGCCCAUCUCCUCUGCUGCGCACAGGGGCAGGACAGAAAUGCCUUUCGAGAUAACGUGGGCGCCGGGUCCCGUCAGCUGCCGAGCCGCUAUGUCCAUCUUUAGCCUGCUCUCUGGUUACCAGCCCCCUCCUCCAGCUGCCUCCAAAGAUAGGCAAAGCCACCUCCCGGCGCCUGGGCUGGAAACUGCGGGGAAGCAGACGCAGGAUCACAGGCAGGGAUGAGAUUGAUGGGAUUUUUGGGGAAGGAGUGAAGGACGCCACGAGUACGCCUGAGCUAUGGCGUCGCUAUGCUACAACAAGGGCUGCGGGCAGAGGUUUGACCCAGAGCACAACGCUGAGGAUUCCUGCCUGUAUCACCCGGGCGUCCCCAUCUUCCACGAUGCCCUGAAGGGCUGGUCUUGUUGCAAGAAACGCACAACAGACUUCUCCGAGUUCCUCUCCAUAAAGGGAUGCACAAAGGGGUUUCACAGCAAGGAGAAGCCCCCGGAGCCUUUCAGACAAGAGGAGACCUCAGACAAGCCAAAGGCCAAACCAGUGGAGGAGCUCAUCAUCCAAGGACCAAAAUCAGCUGAGAAGAUGCAGCGGGAAAGACCAAGCUCUGAUGAGCCAAGACAACUGCUGCCAAUUAAAGUAUCCAGGUCUCUGGAGCAGGCACUAGAGAAACUGAACCUGUCCUCCAAGGACGAGGCACCUGAGAGCGGUUGUGCGGGUAGUGAUGAGCCGACGGAUGGCAGCAGGGCUGCACAUGGGGAGGCGGCUGUCCAGGUGAGAGCUGGCACCACCUGCAAGAACGCAGCCUGCAAGGCAAUCUACCAGGGCGCAGAGAGCAACACAGAGGUUUGUACUUUCCACCCAGGCGUUCCUGUCUUCCAUGAGGGGAUGAAGUACUGGAGCUGCUGUGGAGUCAAAACGACGGACUUCAGCGCCUUCCUGGAGCAGAUGGGCUGCAGCAGAGGGCGGCACUGCUGGACCGGGAAGCCGGACAAGAAGGUGGUGUCAUGCCGGCAGGACUGGCACCAAACCAGCAGCCAGGUGGUGGUGACGGUCUACGCCAAGAACCCCCUGCCCGCCCUGAGCAGCGUGAAAGCCAACCGCACCGUGCUUGAGGUUCACGUCAUCUUUGAAGGGAAUAAGAUUUUCCAGGCGGAAAUGGAUCUCUGGGGGGUCAUCAAAAUAGAGAAGAGCUUUGUGAGCAUGGUCCCAACCAAGGUGGAGAUCACGCUUUGCAAAGCCAGCCCUGGCUCCUGGGCCAGGCUGGAACUCCCCCGGAGCGGGUCGCAGCCCCGUGGCGAGCAGCAGGAGAAGGAGGCUGCCAACACGGGGGAGCCUGGGGCAGCGCAGGAGGAGGACUCAGAUGACAGCUUGAGCUGGUCAGAGGAGGAAGAUGAGGAGCUGGAGAUGGGAACACCAAGCAACUGACAGUCAAGUGCUUCAGCAGCUGAGCGGCACUGGCUCCAGAGCUGCCAGGGACCCUGGCACCAGCUCCAGAGGAACCGGCCCAGCCCGCAGCAUGCUGCAGCACGCCCUCUCCCCUGGUCAGAAGGGGCAAGUAAUAAAAACUCAGAGCAAAGGUUA